AAUGGUGGAAUUAUUGACGAUACAGUUAUUUGUAAACAUGCCGACCACCUUUAUAUCGUAUCUAAUGCUGCCUGUGCAGAUAAGGAUUUAAAUCAUAUACGUACUAAAAUGGGUGAAUUUCAAAAAAAAGGCGGAUUGGUUGAUUUAAAAGUUAUUGACGAUCGUGCUCUGCUGGCUUUACAAGGUCCUCUGGCUGCUGAAAUCCUUCAAAAAUUGUGUGAUAAAGAUUUAACAGAUUUUAAGUUCAUGACUUCUCGUUUUCUUCAUAUCAAAACUAUUGAAAGCCACGUGUCACGUUCUGGAUACACUGGAGAAGAUGGCUUUGAAAUUUCCGUUCCUGUGUUAAGUUCUCAACGGCUAGCAAAGUUAAUAUUGGGUUAUCCAAGUGUGCAUUUUGCUGGACUUGGUGCACGCGACAGUUUACGUCUCGAAGCUGGUUUAUGUUUAUAUGGGCAUGAUCUUGAUGAUUCAACAACGCCAGUGGAAGCAGGAUUAGCUUGGACUAUCGGAAAACGUCGUAGAGUAGAAGGUGGCUUUUUAGGUGCAGAUCGAAUUCUUGCUCAACUUAAAGAUGGUGUAACGCGCCGUCGCGUUGGUCUAAUUGUCGAGGGUGCACCUGCAAGAGAAAAUUCAGAAAUUUAUAAUUCUUCUGAUGAAUUAAUUGGCAAAUUAACAAGCGGUGGACCGUCACCUACGUUGAAUAAAAAUAUUGCAAUGGCAUACGUCAAAUCUGGAUAUCACAAGAGUGGGACUUUGCUUAAAGUUAAAGUUAGGAAUAAAUUACAGGAUGCUAAAGUUGUAAAAAUGCCUUUUGUUCCUUCUAAAUAUCAUAAAUAA